UGAAAAUUGAUUCACUGCUAAUCUAUUUAGCGAACUGUUGUUUUGUUUAACUUGGUAAAAAGCUUUAGCCAAAAUUGAUCCAUCAACGAUUGAAAAUGUUACGGGCGUGAGCAACGCCAACGAAAGCGUUUGCCGAAGCUCAGAACAAAAAGGUGUUAUUGCCAAAAAAACAUCAAGCUCAGGCGAAGGCUUGGGUUGCUGGGGACCCGCGGCAAGAAGCCAUCAACUCGUGCUUCUUGCGAAAUCGGAAAACAUGUUAGGUGAUCAGAAAAUUUUGCUAAAAGGACAUUCUUCACAGUAUGUAAAACUAAAUGUUGGUGGUCGCUUGUAUUAUACCACAAUUGGAACAUUGACUAAAAAUAAUGACACAAUGUUGAGCGCAAUGUUUAGUGGUAGAAUGGAGGUACUGACUGACUCAGAAGGUUGGAUUUUAAUCGACCGCUGUGGAAUUCAUUUUGGAAUCAUUCUUAACUUUUUAAGGGAUGGUACUGUUCCGUUGCCCGAAACUAACAAGGAAAUCGCUGAAUUACUUGCCGAGGCUAAAUACUUCUGCAUUACAGAGUUGGCAAUGUCUUGUGAACGGGCACUAUAUGCGCACCAAGAACCGAAGCCAAUUUGUCGAAUUCCACUGAUAACUUCACAAAAAGAAGAGCAGCUGUUAAUCAGUGUAUCUUCAAAGCCUGCUGUUAUUCUUGUAGUGCAGCGGCAAAACAACAAGUAUUCGUACACAAGUACAUCGGAUGACAACUUACUAAAAAAUAUUGAACUCUUUGAUAAGCUAUCUUUGCGGUUUAAUGAACGAAUUCUAUUCAUUAAAGAUGUGAUUGGGCCAAGUGAAAUCUGUUGCUGGUCCUUUUUCGGGCACGGGAAAAAAGUAGCAGAGGUAUGUUGCACUUCCAUAGUUUAUGCAACUGAUAGAAAGCAUACAAAAGUGGAGUUUCCGGAAGCGCGUAUUUACGAAGAAACUCUGCAGGUACUGCUUUAUGAAAAUCGCAAUGCUCCCGAUCAAGAGCUCAUGCAGGCGACUUCUUCAGCCCGAGUAGGAAGUGUCAGUGGAACCAGUAUGCAUCAGUAUACAAGCGACGAGGAGGAAGAACGCACUGGGCUGGCGCGAUUAAGAUCUAAUAAGCGGAAUAAUCCAUCCUAAUUUACGUAUAAAUUGAAAAUUAGUUCGAUUUUAUUUCUAACGAAAUUAUACUUAUGUAUAUAGGUAAAAAUAAUAAGGUAACGAUUGUUCGACAAAAAAUUAUAUUUUUAAUAAAACUUAAAA